UAGCGAAGCUGCGCUGGCUGGAGGGGAGGCUGCUGAGCGAGGGCAGGAGAACUAUUUCCAGGCAUCCAGCCUCCUACCAUGUCUGACCCCAUUACACUGAAUGUUGGGGGGAAGCUCUACACAACCUCACUGGCAACCCUGACCAGCUUCCCCGACUCCAUGCUGGGGGCCAUGUUCAGUGGGAAGAUGCCCACCAAGAGGGACAGCCAGGGUAACUGCUUCAUUGACCGUGAUGGCAAAGUGUUCCGCUAUAUCCUCAACUUCCUGCGGACCUCUCACCUGGAUCUGCCAGAGGACUUCCAGGAGAUGGGUCUGCUGCGCAGGGAAGCCGACUUCUACCAGGUACAGCCCCUGAUCGAGGCCCUGCAGGAAAAAGAGGUAGAACUCUCCAAGGCGGAGAAGAAUGCCAUGCUUAACAUCACCCUGAAGCAGCGCGUGCAGACCGUCCACUUCACCGUGCGGGAGGCACCACAGAUCUACAGCCUGUCGUCUUCCAGCAUGGAGGUGUUCAACGCCAACAUCUUCAGCACGUCCUGCCUCUUCCUCAAACUCCUUGGCUCUAAGCUCUUCUACUGCUCCAAUGGCAAUCUCUCCUCCAUCACCAGCCACUUGCAGGACCCUAACCAUCUGACUCUUGACUGGGUAGCCAAUGUGGAAGGCCUUCCAGAGGAAGAGUACACCAAGCAGAACCUCAAAAGGCUGUGGGUGGUCCCUGCCAACAAGCAGAUCAACAGCUUCCAGGUCUUUGUGGAGGAGGUGCUGAAGAUCGCUCUGAGUGAUGGAUUCUGCAUUGACUCUUCCCACCCACAUGCUCUGGACUUUAUGAACAAUAAGAUCAUUCGGUUAAUCCGGUACAGGUAAAAAGACCCUAGUCACACUGAGGAAGGCGUUCCCAAGAAGCUCAUGUCAGCGAAGGCUCUGAGGAGAGUGUCUCACCAGUGGCCCGAGGCGGGGACCUAUACUAAUCUGUAUUAAUUGCACAGCAGGACCUGAUUCCCCGUAACAAAGUUCUCCUUCUGGAAUCAACAUGUCCUCUGAACAGAACCACCUUUUCUUGCCAUUUUGAAGUGGCGAUGGAUAGCUUUGUGAUGACAAGUUCAAAGUCAGCUGAAACAUACAAGAAGAAUCCACAGGAGGUCUCUCUGGCUGUGACAAAGAGCAGCAGUUUUCUUACAGGGGAUCACCUACCCCUAGUCAGUGCCCUGCUAACCAAUCUCCAGAGAGAGCCUUGGCUGUUGAAGGGUAGGGAACAAGACUCCUUUUAGUUUCCUAGGCAACAACAUGUACAGCAAAUCCAGUCACUCCUGUUCUUUGCCCUGAGGAUGCGCCCAGGCACCAGGACACCUUUGCCCAAAGGCAACAGAAUUUGGGUGUUUUAGAAUGCAAUAUGUUCCCAGAACCCUUUGUGGCUCCACUCAGGGAGAAAGUUGAGCCAUGGCAUGGCCUAGGGGCAUGAGUGUCCAGGCUGAGGCAGGAGGGGGUGCCCUCCUGAAGAGGCUGUAUUGAGGGAUUCUUGGCUUCAGAUAGUGUUUGUUUCCCCUGCAAAGAUGUGAUGGUAUCGAAGCCAAGAAGAUGGAAGACACUUCAUGAUCCAGCUGUUGCCUGACUUCUGUAAUCCUGGCCCUGUGGAUUGCAGGCAUCACUGACACCAGUCAGUUUAAACCAAUAAUACGUUAUGAACUCUCAGGGUUGGAAAAUAAUCCGAUAGUUUCUUAGUUCUUCCCCCUCUAGCACACCCCAGUCCAUGGCAGGGAGUGCCUCUUCUUGAGUAUCUCCAAGGGAUCCCUUAUGCCAACUUGCACACCCCCUGGUGACACAAGGUUCACUAUCCCCAAGGCAGUUCCUGCUAUGGUUGAGCAGUGCUGGCUAUUAGAAAGUUCUUUCAGUAUUGACCCCAAGUCCGUCCUGUGCUAGGUCUUGUUGUUAGACCUUCCUCAAUACACGGAUACGUGCCCCUGCUUUGACUAGACACUGAAGAUGUCCUUACUCAGAACUGAUUCCCCUUUGCAACUUGGCUUUCUCAGAAUCAGCUCCUUUCCAUCUUUGUAAGCCAAACGUCUUUCUUAUGGCUUCGCUUUGUCCUCAGCCCCCGGUUCAUCAGCCUUCCCCACCAGCAUGGCUCAGCUUGCUCCUAAUUAUUUCUGGCUAGAAGAAGAUCACUGACUGAGGAGCUCUAGGGUUUCGGGAAAUGGUGUUCAGCAAACAGUCCAGGGGUGCUCUAUAAUCCCAGGACCCCUGAGUAACUGGCCAGCCCCAACACUUCUCUUAAGAGAGCAGUCUUCCCUGUCGUACUAUCCAAUCCCAACACCUUUCCUGGGACACAGUAAGCACAUAAACUCCAGACACUACUCCCCAGCAGGCGAGGGGCCCUGUGGAGUGACUACAGCAGUGAGAGUCUUAUAGCCCCCACCCAAGAAGCGCUCCACACACAGCUAGGGAAGCCUGGAACCCACAUCCACAGGUGGACAUAGCAAAGGGCUUCCAGAGUUAUACUCUGUGAGUGAGAGGUUACAAAGUUAGAGGCAAAACUUGGUCCUGAGGCAAUAAAGGCCUUUCUUUCCCUAUAGUGGGACUCAGGAGUCUCUGUGUGGGUGUCUUGAGCCGCUGCACCAGCGGUACUCUGGAAAGUUCUGCAGAGAACCCAAUCAGGACAAGCAGAUCUGUGGUCAUAUUCAAGUCAAAGAAGAAAUCUCAGAAAUCAACACUGCCCCCCCUCAUAAAACUUUGCUUUCUCCAUCUUUUUGGUGCUUCCUAACUCAAUACCCUGACCCUAGGGCAAGUACAGAGCCUGUUAAGCCACUAACAUACUAUGUGACUAUACAAGUCACUCGCCUCACUGAGCCACCUCCAUUUCUUCAUCUGUGAAAUGGGCAUACAGUAAUACAUAACCCUACCUACCUCACAGGACCGUUGUGAGGAUCAAACAAAAUAAUGUAUGUGAGAAUAAAUGAUAAAUGAUAAUUA